AUGUCUCCUCCUCAAGAACCUAUCCAUAUUGACUCUGCUUCGUACACAUCUUCAGCGGAUCUCCAUUCCAAAGACGAUGACUUCAAGCUGUCUGAUCUUGUCCAAUCUAUCCAUCAUGUACUGGGCGAUGAAGGCCUUGACUCUGAACGUAUUGAUGCACAAAAGAUUAUCCAGUUGAUGGAGAAAUAUAGCUCGAAUGCUCUUGACUGGAACCAAUAUACACUGUUUGAUCAUUCCAGAGCGUAUACACGAAAUUUGAUUGACGAUGGCAAUGGCAAGUUCAAUCUAAUGAUUUUAGCUUGGAGCAAAGGUCAGAAAAGUCCCAUUCAUGAUCACUCAGGAUCACAUUGUGUUAUGAAAAUCCUUGACGGAGAAUUGCAAGAAACUCUCUUCAAUUGGCCAUCAUCAGGUGAGCAGCAAGACGAGGUUCCCGUAUGUGCUGAUAUCACCGAGAGCUCGGCAGCACCCGCAUCCAAUACUGACCAACACUUGAAUGGGCAACCAUUGGCUAUCUCCAAGAAUACUGUGUAUCAACCAAAUCAAGUCACCUAUGUACAUGAUAACAUUGGCUUACAUCGUAUCUCUAAUCCAAGCACAGAGCGAGGCGCCGUAUCUCUCCAUUUAUAUACACCACCUUAUCAAAUGUGCAAGACAUUUGAGGAAAACACUGGCAAAGCACGAAGUAGCGGUGUUUGUUCAUUCUAUUCCGUUAACGGUCAACGCAUCCAAAAGUAA